AUGUUUCCCAAGCCAACAACCAAACAAUUUUGCCAAAGCGCACUAUUUUCAUUCUAUAUAUUUUUAAUAUUACAUUCCACUGACGAUGUUCGUGGGUUCUCACUCCCAGAUAUUCCAUUAACUGAUCAUUAUUUUGGUAUGAAAUUGGUUAUCAAGAUUUUACCAACUCUUCCUGGUCGAAUUGUACUUGAUAGAAAUGUCAAGAAAAAAACUUGCAAAGAAUUACAAAUUAUUAAUCAAAACGUAGCCACUUACUCAAGAAAAACUACGUUGAGGGCUGAAGUGUGUGCUCCUAAAUGUAUAUAUUUAUGCUGCCCUGUUUCUGGAUGUAAAAAACAAAAACCAUAUAUUAUCAAAGGGUCUUUUACAAAUCAUUUGAAAGCUAAACAUCAAUUUUCAGACGAAGAAGCAGAAGCAACAGUUGCUCAAUUAGAAUGUUUGCAAUUUUCUGCUCAAUUAGAAAAAGAUGUUGCUUUUAGGAAACAAAGUUGCAAAAACAAUGAGAAUAUUAUUGUACAACACAAACCACCUUACCUGAUUUCAAAAUUCAAAAACAGGUUGACUAUUCAAUAUAAUUUUGCACCUCUUAAAUCAAUUCCCACGCCUCACUGUAUCAAUCAAGAGACAAGACGACCAUUGAACUUCUUUGUGCUAGAUUUAGAAACAACAGGAUUUUCUCCAAAAUGCAACUCCAUAAUUCAAUUUGCAAUGUUAUCAUUAUUUAGUAAUGAAUUACAUUCCAUAUUUGUAUCCCCUAGUGGUGUGUGGAGUUCUAUUGCAUUACAAAUGCACGAAACUAAAUUUCAGAUUUUGGAUGAAAGUGAAACAUUGCAAAACAUGAUUCCUAAAAUUUGUAAUUAUUUGACUAGGAAUGACACUGCUGAUGUGAUGUUGUUGGUUCAUUCAACUGGUUUGGACAAGGCUUUCUUUAGUGCUGCAAUUGCACCACUUAAACUCCGAUCAACAAUUUACUAUUGUUCUACUAUGCAAAAAAACUUGCUUGGAAAAAAGGGAUUAGAAAACCACUUUAGAGAAAAAGUAUGUGACUCUCUUCCCGGAAUAGCACAUAAUGCCGUUGUGGAUGUGCUUAUGUUGUAUGAUUUGCUGUUGUCGAAGUUUGGGAACGAUCAAGAAAUUGUGAAGGCCAUCGGAAAAGCAGAAUGUACAACAAUAGACGACUAG